UGGACUGCCAGUCACUGUUGCAAAUUCCCAACGUUUGGACGUGCGCAAGAACAAACACACAGUUGUAAACUCGUGCGCGAACAAUAUAGCAACUUGCGAAGUGUAGUAAACAAAAGAUUUUAUAAAACAAAGAAUUUUGUGGAAUUGGAGUAUAUAGUUGGUGUUAGAUAAAACAGUAGCCACUAUAUAUUUGAAAUUUGUAUUGAAACAAUGAGAAAGUCCCAAUAAACGUCGUAUACUACAUACAUAUACAAAUAUAUAAUGUUGAUAGCGUAAAAAAAAAAAAUAUUUUUUUGUUUUUGUAAAUUUAUAAAAUAUGCUGUGCUAUAUUUAGUUAUGAAAAUCGUCGCAUAUUUUCAACAACAACGAGAACAACGACAACGAUCUGCCGUUGGCAUCGACUGCGACAACAGCUGAAGCAACAGGAGUGCUACCGAAAUUAAUUCAAUCAAUUUAUUUAUGCACAUAUAGUUCGGAAAUGUUGAAGAUGUUGCAUGCUUUUGCCACUUAACAACGUUUCACGUCCAGCCUCAACAAGAAACUCAGCCGCUGCAAGUCGCUAUGGGCUACAACAUCGAAUGGAUAUUCCAUCGGUUGCGUUGUCCUUCGGGACUUUGGUACAUUGCCAGCCAAAUUGCCAUCACAGCGGUGGGAUUGUUUGCUAAAUUUGUACUGGUUUUCCUCAACAGAACCGUAGUGCAUAACAGAGAGAGACUGAUAAAUGUGAUAGCAAAACGUCCAGCCGGUGUGCCCUUAGUCACUGUUUCUAAUCAUCAAUCAUGCUUCGAUGAUCCCGGCCUAUGGGGUGUACUUCCCAUGAGAUAUGUAUGCAAUACAUUUAAGAUACGCUGGUCAAUGGCGGCGCACGAUAUCUGCUUCACCAAUAAAUAUCACUCAACUUUCUUCAUGUAUGGCAAAUGCAUUCCAGUGGUGCGCGGCAGCGGCGUCUAUCAGGAUGCCAUCAAUUUGUGCAUACAAAAGUGUGCGCUCGGUCAUUGGGUGCACGUAUUUCCCGAGGGCAAAGUCAACAUGACUAAGGAGGAGAUGCGCCUCAAGUGGGGUGUCGGUCGUAUAAUAUACGAGUCGCCACGCAUUCCGAUUAUCUUACCCAUGUGGCAUGAGGGUAUGGACGAUGUGCUGCCCAACACCGAGCCAUAUGUGCUGCAGUGGGGCAAAAAGGUGACCCUAAACAUUGGUCAACCAAUAGACUUGCAUGAUUUUAUACAGGAUCUGAAAGAUCGUAAAGUACCAGAGCCGGAGGCGAGAAAGUUGAUAACGGAUAAAAUACAAGAUGUGUUUCAUCAUUUACGCAAAGAAACCGAAGAACUGCAUAAAAAACGGCUAUAGUAAUUAAGUCAAUUCGUUUGUAAUUAUUUCGUUCACAUUGUACUCAUGGAAAUUUGAGUAUGUAAAUGUAAAAGAUAAAAAAUAUAUAUUUAUAUAAUUAACGUUUAAUAAGCUACAUAAACAAGUCAAAAAUGAGAUAUAAACAUUUUAGCAAAUUAUAAAUUUUAAUUUCAAAAACAAAGUUCAAUAUAAGGUUUUUUCAAAAAGCUAGUAUACAUUUAUAUGUCAACAAAAUUUGUAUAAAACAUUACACAGUUUGUCUAAAUAGAAUUUUCUUUAACUUGCUGUAAGGGAGAUAAAUCAUAAAUUAAGAAGCUAAGCACUUUGUAAUAGAAACAAGGCAGGUUAUUUUUAUUAAUUAAACUAAGUAUAUUUAUGUAAUAAUGUCCAUAAAAUGAUUAUUGUCACUCAUGUAAUUUUAUGUAUAAAUUUUAUUUGUUAAAAUAAAGAAAAAAUCUAAUCAUAAUAAAGAAACUAAGUUAUCCAAUA